AUGAGCGAUGUGGAGGUUGCCGCGUUGGUGGUGGACAACGGCAGCGGUAUGUGCAAGGCUGGAUUCGCGGGCGACGACGCUCCGCGCGCGGUCUUUCCCUCCCUGGUGGGUCGUGCCAAGAUGCCGGGCAUCAUGGUGGGCAUGGACCAGAAGGACACUUACAUAGGCGAUGAGGCCCAAGCCAAGCGCGGGGUGCUCACGCUGAAGUAUCCCAUCGAACACGGCAUCGUCACCAACUGGGACGACAUGGAAAAGAUCUGGCAUCACACGUUCUACAACGAGCUGCGCGUCUCCCCCGAGCAGCAUCCAGUGCUGUUGACGGAGGCACCAAUGAACCCCAAGGCCAACCGGGAGCGCAUGACGCAGGUGAUGUUCGAGACCUUCAACGUGCCAGCCAUGUACGUAGCCAUCCAGGCUGUCCUGUCCCUUUACUCCUCCGGCCGCACCACGGGCAUCGUCAUGGACC